GCAUUUUUCUCUUUUUCAAUUCCAAAACCGCUUUCCCAUAUGGCAGCCUUUUCAUACCAACCUCACCCUCUGCUUCUUGACUCCAUUUUCUUGCCAAACGCUCCCACCAGAGUUUCUGGCUUUAUGGAGGAAGGAAACAUCAACUCCAAUUGUUUCUCUCAAUUUUACCUACCUGAGCCUGUCCAGGAGUCCCCUCUUGAUCACAGCUCAAAGGUUGCUCAUAGUGAUAAUGAGCCUUCGGUGACUAAAAAACAGAGCACUGAUGACUCGACUGUGGUGGAUAAGCUUGAAAGUGGUGAGCAAGUCACUCGGAAUGUGACUCUCACAGACAGGAAAAGGAGGACCAGAAAUGGGACUGCCUUGAAUUCUGCUCGGUCUAAGGAUGCAAAGGAAGGGAAAAGUAAGAAGCAAAAGAAGUGUAAUGAUGCCCUUAAAAGUGAAAAGAAAGAUCAAAAGAAAUCUCCUGAAGAGCCCCCAACAGGCUACAUUCAUGUAAGAGCCAGGAGGGGUCAAGCAACGGACAGCCAUAGUCUAGCAGAAAGGAUAAGAAGAGAGAAAAUCAGUGAAAGGAUGAAGAUAUUGCAAUGUCUUGUUCCAGGUUGUGACAAGGUAACUGGAAAGGCCCUUAUGUUGGAUGAAAUUAUCAAUUAUGUUCAGUCCCUACAAAAUCAAGUAGAGUUUCUGUCAAUGAAGCUUGCUUCUGUGAAUCCCAUUUUCUAUGACUUUGGAGUGGAUCUGGAAGCAUUGAUGGUCAGACCAGAGAGACUGAACAGUAUAGCAUCACCACUGCCAUCUCUGCAACAAUGCAACCCCAGUCAACCUACAGCUUUUCUUGAUACAACAACCACCAACUUUGCCCCAGAUAAUAAUAACUAUCCUCUUCUGGAUGCUUCAGCUGCACUUUUACUUCACCAGGGGCAAAGGCCCAAUGUCUUCUCUCAGCCUCAGGAUAAUGGUAGUUUAUUAUGGGAUGUGGACGAGGAACCAAGACAAAAAUUUCUCAGUUCGUCUGGGCUCAACGACAGCUUGUGUUCUUUUCAUUAAUAUUAAUGCAG